UAGAGAGAGAGAGAGAAUCAGCUACAAUGUCGAAGAAGCUCAUCGUUCUUUUUCUGGGGCUUGUUCCUCUGUUAUGCACCUGCUUCUCACCCGAUACACCCUCGGAUCGUCGCGUGCUGGUUCUGCUGGACGACUUCGCCAUCAAAUCCUCACACUCCAUCUUCUUCAACAAUCUCAAAUCUCGCGGUUUCGAUCUCGAUUUCAAGCUCGCCGAUGACCCCACUAUCUCUCUCCAGCGUUACGGCCAGUACCUCUACGAUGCCCUUAUCCUCUUUUCCCCAACCAUCGAACGUUUUGGAGGAUCAAUUGACGCAGCUGCGAUUUUGGAUUUCGUUGAUUCGGGCCAUGAUUUGAUCGUUGCAGCUAACAGCAAUGCCUCUGAUUUGAUCAGGGAAAUUGCCACUGAGUGUGGGGUUGACUUUGAUGAGGAUUCUAGUGCAUUGGUUAUAGACCAUUCAGGAUAUGCUGUCUCUGCUACCGAAGGGGACCAUACACUGAUUGCUAGCGACGAUUUUAUAAAGUCUGAUGUGAUUUUGGGAAGUGAGAAAAUCAAGGCUCCAGUACUUUUCCAGGGGAUUGGCCAUUCAUUAAACCCUUCCAAUAGCCUGGUGUUGAAAGUUCUCUCAGCAUCUCCUUCAGCUUAUUCUGCCAACCCAAAGUCAAAGUUAACUAGUCCUCCAUCACUUACUGGAACCUCAAUGUCAUUAGUUUCAGUUGUACAGGCAAGAAAUAAUGCUCGGAUAUUGAUAUCUGGCUCAUUGAGCAUGUUCAGCAACCGUUUUUUCAGGUCUGAUGUGCAGAAGGCUGGGAGUCCAACCAAACAUGACAAGUCAGGUAAUGAGCAAUUUGUGACUGAACUUAGCAAAUGGGUUUUCCACGAAAGGGGUCACCUCAAGGCGGUGAAUGUGAAACACCACAAAGUUGGGGAAGUUGAUGAACCAGCCAUCUAUAGGAUCAAUGAUGAUUUGGAAUACUCUGUUGAAAUUUACGAGUGGUCUGGCAAAACUUGGGAACCUUACGUAGCCAAUGAUGUUCAAGUUCAAUUUUACAUGAUGAGCCCUUAUGUCUUGAAGACUUUAUCAACCGACAACAAGGGUUAUUAUUUCACAGCAUUUAAGGUUCCAGAUGUUUAUGGGGUUUUUCAAUUCAAAGUAGAGUAUGAAAGACUUGGAUAUACAAGCUUGUCUUUAUCCAAACAGAUCCCUGUCCGCCCCUUCAGACACAACGAAUAUGAGAGAUUCAUACCAGCAGCAUAUCCCUAUUACGGAGCAGCAUUUUCAAUGAUGGCAGGUUUCUUCAUCUUCACUGCUGUUCAUCUAUACCACAAGUAGUUGUAAACCCUUUGAUCCAAGAUAAUGUAGUAUGUAGCACCAUAACGAUUGGAUUUGAAUGCUGAGAUUGAAAAUUUUGACUAGGAUAUAAAAUGCAAAUUUCUAAUUUAUUAUAGAAGAUGCCUUAUACUUA